AUGUCUUCUCUUGAGACCGAUGAAACAUCUACCAGUUCCAAAGGCACUCCUGCGCCUACUCUUUUGACUCCAGACUCUGGCAGCGCUGAUUCCCGCAUCGCUGCUACUCGAACCUCCUACGAGGCUAGAGAAGAUGCCGUCGAAUUGAGGAGACUGCGCCAUACCCUUUCCCAUGCUGUCGACGAGCAAGAAGAGCUACUGGAAAGUGACCAAGACGACGGUGAGGACGAAGAAUAUAUCAAGCGUUUGAAGAGAGUCUCAACUCAGUCCAAAGAGUAUACAAAUGAGGAGGAAGAGGCCGUCGUACGCAAGCUAGAUCGCAAGCUGGUCACAUUUCUCGGAUUCCUUUACAUGCUGAGUUUCCUCGACCGCUCAAACAUCGGAAAUGCUCGAAUUGCGGGCUUGGAGAAGGACCUCUCCCUCUCUUCUGCCCAAUAUGAUUGGCUACUUACUGCCUUCUACAUCACUUACAUCACGUUCGAGUGGAUGAUCCUGCUGUACAGACUUGUCCCCGCACAUGUCUACAUCGCCUUAUGCGUACUGUCCUGGGGCUUGGUCGCCAGCCUGCAGAGCUUGACGACGUCCUUUAUUCAGUUGCUCAUUUUGCGUGGAUUUUUGGGGAUAACUGAGGCCGCGUUCGGUCCGGGGGUGCCCUUUUAUAUGACCUUCUUUUAUAAACGAUCCGAGCUGGCUUAUCGUGUUGGUCUCCAGAUUUCUGCGGCACCGCUGGCCACCAGUUUCGCCAGCACCUUGGCUUGGGUAAUUGUCAAGCUCAGUCAAAAUGGUCCCAUUGCACCAUGGAGAGCACUUUUUUUGGUCGAAGGCUUUCCAUCCAUUAUUGCAGCUGUCGCAGCGUGGUAUUAUGUUCCUGACGCUCCAGCCCAGGCUCGGUAUUUGACCCCGCGACAACGGAAAGUCGCUGUCAUGAGGCUCCAGUCCGAACAACACCACUCGCAUUUGGACAAUGCCCCAUCAACAAACAAUUCGACAACCCAUCGUAUCAACGUCAAGGAAAUCUUUUCCACCGUUCUCGAUCCUAAAUCAUACCUCACAGCCUUGAUGUUUCUGAGCGUGAAUGUUUCUUUCAGCUCACUUCCUGUCUUUCUCCCAACCAUAAUAAACAGCAUGUCUUUCUCGCCUCUGGCAUCUCAAGCUCUCGCCGCGCCGCCCUACCUGUUAUCCUUUUUCUUCGUCCUUCUGGUCGGCCGGUACAGCGACAAGAUUCCUGAUUCCCGCUCCUUGUUCUUAAUCGGCGUUGCGCUGGUCAGCGCCUUGUCGUACGCCGGCAUCGCUAUUGCGGGGACCCUACACGAAUCUCUCGGCGAUGCGGGUAGCAUCACCAUCCGCUAUGUCGCCGUAUACGGUGCGGCGAUGGGAUUGUUUGCGUCGGUCACAUUGAUCAUUACCUGGACACUGAAUAACCAAGCCACAGCGACGGGCAAGGGCACUGGCCUCACAAUCCUCAAUAUCGUAGGCCAGUGCGGUCCUCUUAUUGGAGUACAUGUUUUCCCAAAAAGCCACGGGCCAUUUUACAUUCCAGGAAUGGCUGUUUGCGCCGGCUUCAUGGCCCUGGGUGUUGCCGGUCUGGCAGGCGUAUUAAGGUUGGUACUUCAGAACGCGAAUAGGAAGAACGGAUUUGCCCAACCUGCAAGAGGUGGUGAGUAUGAAUUAGUGAGCUCGACUGUUAGGAAGACAGAAGAAGAUGAUGAAACCGGGCUUGGGCCGGAAGAUGUCGAAGAGACCUUGAUUGGGGGUGUGAAGAAACUCAAUGUAGAGAACGCUGGGUUUCGCUACAUGCUCUGA